AAGACACACACAGCAGGAUUCUCUCGGCUUUUCAACAUGAAUAGGGUAAACCAUCACGGAGGUGUGACAAUGGUGUGGAGGAUGUGGAGUUGCUAGACACUCAUUUGACAGAACUGGGCCAACUGAUGAAAAGGUUCAGAGGUGCCACAGAUUCAUAUGAAAGGAGGAUCAUUCUAGUUGGAAAGACUGGAGUGGGGAAGAGCGCAGCAGGAAAUACCAUCCUGGGGAGAGAAGCAUUUGAAUCAGAACUGUCUCCGUCUUCCCUGACGUCUGAAUGCCAGAAAGCCAAGGGGGAUGUUGGAGGUCGAAGGGUUGCUGUUAUUGACACUCCGGGACUGUUUGACACUAAUUUCACUCAAGAAGAAGUGUUGAAGAGGAUCAAGAUGUGCAUCUCUUUGUCUGCUCCUGGUCCUCAUGCCUUUCUUGUGGUUCUUCAGUUGGGCAGGUUCACCCAGGAGGAGAAGGAAACUGUCAAGAUGAUUCAGACCACUUUUGGUGAAGAUGCCGCUAAAUACACAAUGAUCUUGUUCACCCAUGGAGACCAGCUGAAGAAGCAAACCAUUGAGGGCUAUAUUUCAGAGAGUGCCGACCUGAAAGCCAUCAUUCGGACAUGUUACAGUCAAUACCACGUCUUUAACAAUGAAAUCAAAGACCCUAAACAAACCGCUCAACUCCUGGACAAAAUUGACAAGAUGACAAUGGGUAACGGUGGAGGCUACUACACCAACGAAAUGUUCAUGAAGGCAGAGGAAGCCAUAGAGAAGGAGAAACAGCGACUCCUGAAAGAGAUGGAAGCACAGAAGCAAAAGGAGCUGGAUGAACUGAGAGCCAAAUGUGCAUCAAGGGUCUACCGCAUGGAGGAGAGCAGGGUGCAUAUGAGAUACGAGUAUGAAGCCAGAGCUCGAGCUGAACGAUCAAAUGAUUUCACUGCUGCUCCAGCAAUAGCUAUAGCAACAGCCUGUGGUGCUGCUAUUGGAGGUCUGCUUGGUGUUGCAGGAGGUCCAAUUGGUUUGGCAGUUGGAGUUGCAGCUGGAGCAGCUGUUGGCGCUACUGUUGGUGCUUUAUCAGUGAGACUGUCAGAGCGUUGUCAUGUACAAUAAGGAAAGUGGCACACACAGUGAAAUAAUGCUGUUUAUGUUCUGUUUUUUCCAGGCAUGUAAUAUGCAACCUCUUUUUUUGCUGUACAAAUAUUUUUAGGGUGAUUCUCAUAAUCACUUUUUGUAAUAACUGAAAUGAUUUUAAUUGAAAUAGUUAAUCAUCAAUGUAUUGUGUUAUACAAUGUCUUGACUGUAUAAUACUUAUGUAAUAUUAUUAAAAUUAUUAAUGCACUCACCACAAUCGACUGAUAUGACUGAAUGAUUGUACAUUGUCUAAAUUAAAUCAUGUUAAACUG